CCGGAAGUGCGACAGCAAGCGUGUCGGGUUUUGCUCCUUCGCACGGGAACGCUUUCCACGUGUGGAACCUCGGAGCGGUAGCAUGAAGCGACCGAAGCUAAAGAAAGCGAGUAAGCGACUGACAUGUGCCAAACGUUACAAAAUACAGAGAAAGAUCCGGGAGCACAACAGGAAACUUAGAAAGGAGGCAAAAAAGAAAGGAGUAACAAAGCGAGUGAAGAAGGAUCCUGGAGUUCCUAACGAUGCGCCUUUCAAGGAGGAUGUCCUGCGUGAGGCGGAACAGCGGAGGAUCCAGCUAGAAGAACUGAAAGAAAAGAAGAAGCUAGAGAAGAAGAAGGAAAGGGCGGAGAAAUGCAAGAAAAAUUCUGAAAGUAACAAGGAACCCCAAGCCAAAAAAGCUAGGAAGGAGGAGAGUGCAGUCUCUAAAGACAAAUACUCUGGGAAGUUCCUCUGCAGUGAACUAAACAAGGUCAUCAAUGCCUCUGAGGUAAUCAUUGAGGUGCUCGAUGCCAGGGACCCAUUGGGCUGCCGCUGCCCACAGCUGGAGGAGGCAGUGUUGAAACAUGAAGGAAACAAGAAACUUCUUAUGGUUUUGAACAAGAUUGAUUGUGCGCCCAAAGAAAAUGUAAAAAAAUGGCUGAACUACCUGCAGCGGGAGUUUCCAACUGUGGCCUUCAAAGCAUCAACACACCUGCAAGACAAAACUGCGCAAGAUAAGAAGAGGAAAGAGCCCAACAGAACCUUAGGUCUGAUCUCAGAAGCACCCUCCUUCAGAGGCAGCUGUCUUCUGGAGUUACUGCAAGAUUACGCUAGGAAGCGGCAGACGGAGGGUCCGCUCAGAGUUGGUGUUGUUGGCUUUCCCAAUGUGGGAAAGAGCAGCGUGAUCAACAGUCUGAAGGGCAGCCGGGUCUGCAAUGCCGGGGUCCUACGGGGAGUCACAAAGUGCAUGCAAGAGGUUCACAUUGCUAAGAAUAUCAAGGUGAUUGACAGCCCUGGUAUCCUGGCAUCUCCAUCUAACCCUGGUGUUGCACUAGCACUGAGGAGUCUGCCAUCCACACAUAAACAAGACGAUGUGCUGGAUGCAGUGAGAGACCUGCUGAAACACUGUAACAACCAGCAGGUAAUGCUUCAGUACAAUGUUCCAGCUUUCAAAAACUCCCUGGAGUUUUUGACACUUCUUGCCAAGAAGCGGAGCUUGUUGCAGAAAGGUGGUGUGCCCAACACGAGACAGGCUGCAGAAAUAUUUCUGUGCGAUUGGACUGGUGCGAAGCUGAGCUACUACUGCAAACCCCCAGAGACCCAUAGCCUUCCUCCUUACCUCUCAGACACUAUGGUGGCAGAGAUGCAGAAAGCAUGGGACAUGGGCAAGCUCCACCAAGGCAAUGCAGCAGCCCUUAAGGGUAUAAAAUGCUCCAGUCUGGCCAGCAGUAUCACCUUAACUUCCAGUGGCCCCACUUCUGGACUGCUGAAUGAAAAUGAAGUGUGCGACUUAAAAGAUGGAGGGGGUGAGCUGCUACAGGGUGAUGAGGUGGCAGAAGAGGACGAUGAGGAGGAGGUGCCCCAACUGGUACCAAUAGAGGAUAAAGGACAGAAGAAGGAAAAGGCAAAAUCUGUAAAAGUGCAUCCAACCAAGGUGACAUUUUCCUCAUUGUCUGUAAACAUAGACAUGUCUUCAACACAGAAAGAUGACGAUGCAUACGACUUCAAUGUAGAUUUCAAGUGAAGAGUUCUCGGAGCCCAGCCUUUGUUGUCCAGUUUUGCAGAAUAGAGCUGUGUUGCAAUAAUCACAUUUUAAUAAUAAACAAAAAAAAUACCCUGUUGUGUGUGGCUAAAAAUCAUCUUUUAUGUAAGACUGAGAAAAUAACUUGUAGAUUUUAUAAAAUCUUUAUAUAUAAAUCUGAACGUAUCUACCGGUGCUUUGAAUAUCGUGUAUUCACAGUUCAUCUUAAAUGUGCAAAACAUGAACAUUACAUUUUUGAAGUUUCUAUGUUGUAAAAUACCUAUGCUAGUAUCGGAAUAGAAGUCAGUUGAAGAAAGCGUGAUGUAAUUAGACGUUUUAUGUUCUAAAUAAAUAUAUACACACACGCACAGUCUGAAACCACUUUUCCCAAGCGGGGUUGCAGCAAACCGGGCCCAAACCCACCAACACAAGGCGCUAGGUGGGAGGGGAAGGGGACACACCCAGGAUGAGAUGCCAGUCC